GAGUUGAUAAAACCUAUCAAUAGGAGGAGCCAUAAUAAUCCUUUAGAGAGUUAAAUACUAGCAUAGUAAACAAUGAAGACCAUGGCAAAGGCAAAUGUUGCAUUAGGGUUUCUUUGUUUCUUGCUGUCCAUUGUUGUUUGCACAAGCUCUAGAUACACCACCACAUGGACCGGAGAGAGGAGGAUGUUGGCCAGGACAUGGUGUGUAGCAAACCCUAUUGCAGGAGAUGAUAAGUUGAAUAUAGCUAUAGACUAUUACUGCAGACAGCCAAGGGUGGACUGCAGUCUGAUAAAGCCUGGAGGCCCAUGUUAUCAGCCCAACUCUCUCCGAGAACAUGCAUCGGUUGUUCUUAACGUAUACUACAAGUCCCACAAUGGAAUCAGCCCUUAUUGCCCACCUGAUGUUGGUCGCAUCAGCAUCGUUGAUCCCUCUAAAGGAUCAUGCAAGUACCCAUAGCUGCUGGCUGAUGGCUUAUGCAAUAAAGCAAAGAUACUUUGGCUGAGGAAGACAAGUACACAUUUUGGUUGUUUUGUCAAUCUAUAUCACAGAACAACUAAGGAAGAUCUUUUGUUUUGUUACACAUCUAGGGUAUGAUCAGUAUCCAAUAUUUCACCAUUUCUAGGGGAACAAACUCUUGCUUGCGAGUUAAUGGACCAUAUUUUGGAAUU